AUGAAUCCCGAAAAGAACACGGCCAAUACUGCACUCCAACUUCCCGACGACUUGUUUAUCAUCGACGGGAAAGGCGAAUUUAUAGCCGGCGGAACGACAUCAUUAGUGGAGCGAUUGCCAUCAGGCGACAUCAUCAAAACUCCCUGGGCUGGUGACAUUCGAGAGGAAGACUGCCGGAGGGAAAUCGCGAUCGAGGCGCAGAUAUAUCAGAGACUGGGGGAACAUCCUCGGCUGGUGAAGCUGAAGGGUUGGGACCCGGAGGCCCAUACUUUGACACUGGAGUAUAUGCCCAAUGGCACGCUCGAGGAGUACUUGAAAUCUCACCACGAGGAGAUCUCGCCGGAACAACGACUCUGUUGGAUAGCGCAAGCAGCCGAAGGGCUGCACCUCCUGCAUUCCGCGGGCAUAAUCCACUGCGAUGUCGGGCCCCACAACCUCUUACUAGACGCAGAUUUAAGCCUCAAGAUUGCCGACUUCAGCGGUUCCUCCCUCGAUGGAUCUCGGGCGAUGGUAUGCCCUGGAGCAAGAUACAUGGCACCAGAUCCCGAUUGGAAACCGGGGAAGCCGCCAUCAGUUGAAGAGGACUUAUUUGCCCUUGGCUCGACUAUCUAUUACAUUGUAAUGGGGAAGGCGCCGUUCGACGACCUGCCGGACGGUGAGGUAGAGAAAAGAUAUCUAAAUGGAGAAUUCCCGGAUCUGGCGGGCGUACCCUGCCGAAGGAUUAUCGAGUUAUGCUGGCGACAAGAGGCCCGCUCCGCAGAGCUGAUCCGUGACCUUGUGGACAAAUUGGAUCCGCAUGGAGAUUCCCGAAUCUCUACCGCGUAG